AUGAAGGAAAUGAAUUCAAGGCUAAUAACUGCUAUUGUUGGCUUACAACAGGUAAUAAAUGUGGACCUUUUGCACAUUGAAAACAAAGCUAAUGACAUUGUUAAAUCAGACAAAACAGUUCAGCUUGUGCUGGGACAACUUAUAGAUGAGAGUUACCUAGAUCAAUUAGCAGAAGAAAUAAACGAUAAACUACAGCAAACUGGCCAGGUGACAAUAUCGGAGCUCUGUAAGGCAUACGACCUUCCAGGAGACUUCUUGAUACAGGCAUUAUCCAAGCGUCUGGGUAAAAUUAUUCGUGGGCAGCUAGACCAGGACAACCGUGGGGUGAUUUAUACAGAUGCCUUUGUCUCCCGGCACCGAGCUCGCAUCCGUGGCCUCUUCUCUGCAAUUACUCGGCCUACCCCUGUAAGUAACUUGAUCACUCGUUACGGAUUUCAGGAACAUUUACUUUACUCUGUGCUGGAAGAACUUGUUAACACUGGUCGUCUAAAAGGCACUGUGGUUGGUGGGAGACAGGAUAAGGCUGUUUUUGUCCCAGACAUCUAUGCCAGAACACAGAGCAACUGGGUGGAUUCCUUUUUCAAGCAGAAUGGUUACUUAGAAUUUGAUGCGUUGUACAGACUUGGCAUCCCGGAUCCAUCAGGCUACAUUAAAAAAAGAUACAAGUCUACACAGCUCUUAUUCCUGAGAGCAUCUUGUGUUGGUCAAGAAAUUGUGGAUCAAGUAGAAGCUUCUGUAGAGGAAGCCAUCAGCUCUGGAAGCUGGAUAGAUGUAGCAACUCUUCUGCCCAGCUCUUUGUCAGUAGAAGAUGCUGGCAUUUUGCUUCAGCAAGUGAUGAGAUCUUUCAACAAACAUUCUUCAGGUUUAGUCUUCAGUGACACCAUCGUGGUUAGUGAGAAAUUUUUAAGCAGCUGUAUUGAUCUGUUUUCUGAUCUGAUGCAACAGAAAGCUGAAAAGGAAAUGAAAAAUAACCCUGUUAAUUUAAUCACUGAAGAAGACUUAAAACAGGCAUCUGUUUUGGAAAAUGCAUAUACUAACAAAAAAGACAAAAAGGAUGAAAGAAGGAAGAAAGCAACAGAGGGCAGUGGAAGCGUGAGAGGAGGAGGAGGUGGUAAUGCUAGAGAGAUCAAGAUUAAGAAAACUAAAAAGAAGGGAAGAAAAGAUGCCGACAGCGAUGAAGAAUCGCAAACAACUAGCACAAGCAGAAAAAAGCAGCUGGAGUUCCCUUUCCUGUCCCAAGAAGAAAUUCAGGAUGUUUUAAAGACCCACAUAGAGGAUUGCCCUGAGGAGCUUAUUACAGAACUCGCUGGACAUAUAAUAAGACCUCUGACAAAAAGUUACCAGGAUGUUGUACGUUCUGUUUUUACAUCUUCAUCAUCUUCUUCCUCUGGAGCCAGCAGAAGACAGACUAUGAAGGACUUGCAGGAAGAAUUCUCCAACUUGUACAAUAACAUUCGAUUAUUUGAAAAGGGAACAAAAUAUUUCACAGAUGAGACUCAGACUAACCUGGUCAAACACCUGCUGAAGACUGUCUGUACAGACAUUACAAACCUUAUUUUCAACUUCCUAGCAUCUGAUUCAAUGAUGACGACAGAAAAUUCUUCUGCUAUCACAAGUGAGGUCAGGAUGAAGAUUUUAGGUAAACUACCAGAAGACACCAGAGGUCCUUUAACUAAGCUGCAUACUUCUCUGAAUGGCAAGAGUUUAGAAGAUUUUCUUUCUUACCUUGAUUCUGCAGCAGAUGUUUGUGAUAUUAUGGUGAAAAAAGGGGACAAAAAGAAGGAAAGGCAAGUCCUGUUCCAGCAUAGACAAGCUCUGACUGAGCAGCUAAAAGUCACAGAGGAUCCAGCUCUUGUUCUGCACUUGACAUCCGUGCUGUUAUUUCAAUUUUCAACCCACUGUAUGCUUCAUGCGCCGGGAAGAUCGGUACCACAGAUCAUUAAUUUCCUAAGCAGCAAGAUCCCAGAGGAUCAGCAUUCUCUUUUAGUCAAGUACCAGGGACUGGUAGUGAAACAACUGAUCAGUCAGAGUAAGAAAACUGAGCAGGGAGAUGGUGACAUAACAGAAAACGUAGAAGAGGAGGAAGCAGAUACCAUUCGAAAAGAGCUCCAGGAAAUCACUGCCUCUAUCAAAGAUCUCGUUCUUAGACCUAGAAAAUCUUCUGUAACAGAGGAAUAAAAUCAUAAAUUCAGUGUAUCCAUAUCCAUAGCAC